UACACAGUGCGCAGUGCCAGAACACGAUGGUCGAUUCGCACGAUCCGACAUCGGCGGAUUCCUGCAGCUUGACGGAGGACGAAGUUGAGCCGAAGCUGAAGUACGUCCGUCUUCUGAAUGAUCUGAAAAACAUACUGAGCGAAGAGGCGAUCAGCUGCAUUGCCGUGCAUCCAAGGUUCCUUUGUCUCGGCACCCACUGGGGACGUAUACACAUGCUCGACCAUCAGGGCAACAGUGUGCAAACGAUUAUGACGAUAAAGGAAAACGCACACAUUCUGUCGGUGAACAAAAUAUCGGUAGAUAGCAAAGGGGAACACAUUGCCACAUGCUCCGACGAUGGCAAGGUGAUGAUUAGCGGUCUAUACACGGACGAGAACAAUCAACAGUUGAGCACGGGGAAGAUCGUAAAAGCCGUCGAACUCGACCCCAACCACCGGUCCGGAUCGGGUAGCAAAUUUAUCAUAGGCGAUACCAAAUUGGUACUGUACGAGAAAACCUUCAUCAAGGGCCUAAAAUCGACCGUGCUGAGCAUCUCCGAGGGGCAGGUGACCUCCAUCAAGUGGAACGGUCAGUUUGUGGCGUGGUCCAGCACCCUCGGCAUACACGUGUACGAUCUGAACGAAAAGUGCUCACUGGGAUUCAUUCAAUGGGAGCAACCGAGAAGCGGAAAUUUAACCGACUUUCGGUGCAACCUAAACUGGUCCAAUCCGACGACCCUUCUCAUCGGCUGGGUCGACACCGUGCGAAUCUGUGUGAUACGUAAGCGGAACGCGAUCGAAGUAACCAUGCGAAACCUACCGAACCACAUCGUCGAUCCGAUGUCCACAUUCCAAACCGAUUUCUACAUCUGCGGCAUAGCACCACUGGAGAGCAAUCAGCUGGUGGUGCUUGGCUUUUCGAAGGAUCGUGAUUCGGAAACGAACAAAGCUUUGCGGCCAAUUUUGUGCGUGCUUCAGUACAACGCAACCGAUUACGUCGAAAUCUGUACCGAUAGCCUAUCGAUGCGAGGGUACGAGGAGUACAAGUGUGACGAUUAUCAUCUCGAUUGUCUGAUCGAAGAAAAUCAGUAUUUCAUCGUCUCCCCGAAGGACGUUGUGGUGGCGAACCUCUACGAAACAGAUGACCGCAUCCAGUGGCUUAUCGAGCAUGGAAAAUUUGAACAAGCGAUGGAAGUGAUAACGAAGCACGGCGGAAAGUACUCACUCAUUACCGUUGCCCGGCUCUACCUGGACCAUCUGCUCUCCCAGCAACAGUUCGACGAAGCGGCCAAACUCUGCACACGCGUUUUCGGUACCGAUAAGCAGCUAUGGGAGGAGGAAGUGUACAAGUUCGUCAAGGUAAAGCAACUCCGGUCGGUUAGUGGCUACAUUCCGGUGGCGGAAGCGAACAAACUGAACCCGCACGUGUACGAGAUGGUGCUGUACGAAUAUCUGCAACUCGAUCCGGAUGGGUUUCUGCGGCUGGUGAAGGAGUGGCCCCCGAGUCUGUACAACACGAAAGCGGUAAUCAAUGCGAUCAAUGAUCAUUUCAACAAAAAAGAUGCAAACAUCCUGCUGGAAGCGCUAGCGAUCCUGUACUCGCACGAACGGGAAUACGAUCGUGCGCUGACGAUGUAUUUGAAAUUGCAGCACAAGGACGUGUUUGAGCUGAUUGCCACGCACGAUCUGUACGGUAUGAUCAAGGACACGAUCGUGCAGCUAAUCGAGCUCGAUAGCGAUCGGGCGAUCGCGAUGCUCUUGAGGCAGAAAAGUAUCCCCGCAGAUGACGUGGUCCGGGAGCUCGAGCACCACGAGCAGUAUCUGUUCCGCUAUCUGGAUGCGUACGAUAAAUCUGACACUAGCUACAAAUUCCACGGCCGCUUGGUGCCACUCUACGCUCGGUAUGAGCCAGAUAAGCUGCUUCCCUUUUUGCGCCGCUCGAACAACUAUCCCAUCCAGGAGGCGUACGAUAUCUGCCGACAGUUGCUGUUCUAUCCGGAGAUGGUGUACCUGUUGGCGAAGAUGGGUAGCACGCGGGAAGCGCUCGCCAUCAUCCUGCACAAUCUGGGUGACGUACCGAUGGCGAUCGAGUUUUGCAAGGAACACGACGAUGCGGACCUGUGGGACGAUUUGAUCAACGAGUCGGUUGACAAACCGCACGUGAUGACGAAGCUGCUGGACGGGAUCGCGGGUUUCAUUAAUCCCGAGCUGGUGGUCGAUCGGAUUCAGCCGGGUCAGCAGAUCGAAGGGCUGAAGAGCUCGAUCAUCAAGAUGCUGUGCGGGUACAGCUUGCAAGUCGCGAUACAGGAGGGUUGCAAUCAGAUACUGGCGUCGGAUUACUUCAGCAUGCACGAGCGUUUGGUGCAACUGCAGCAGGGUGCACUGCACGUUUCGACGGACCACACGUGUGGCGUCUGCCGGAGGGACCUUAUCGUAAAAGACAAUAUGAAAACGGAUAUCGUAAUGUUCAACUGCAGACACUACUUUCACGAAAACUGUCUCCCGGACAAGUACAACAUAGAGUUCUGUAUUGUUUGUAAAUCGAAAAAACAAUAGUUCCACAAGCAGAGGUCCAUC